AUGUGCGGCGUAAGGCGCACGACGAGUGCAGUUUCGCUCUCGCUGAACACGAGGCUUACGUGCGCACGCGCCCGCGCGCGCACGCUGCGUUAUCGACCGGUCCAGCGCGCAGCCGGUCCCGCCAGCUGUCUUGACGUUGCCGCGGAGCGCGCUUCGCACACGCUAGUCUGCGCGGCCACGAGCAGAAGACACGCCAAAAUCCCAAACGCAGUGUGCCCGCAGAUGAGUACAGAAGAACGCGCCAGUCCUGAUGCACUCCUGCAUGUGGCCCACAGCACCAAGUUGGAGCCGUCUUAA